CAUCGACUUCACCAAAGCGUUCGAUACGGUGAACCGUGAGGCGUUGUGGUUGAUUCUCUCCAAGUUUGGAUGCCCUGCAAAGUUUAUUCGUCUCAUUGAAUGCCUGCAUACUGGCAUGCGAGCAAGGGUGCAGCUAAGUGGACAGACUACAGAUGACUUGGCCGUUAUCUCCGGUGUGAAGCAAGGAUGCGUCUUAGCCCCCACACUGUUCAAUAUCUACCUGACGGCUGUGAUGUCGUGCGCAUUCAACACAUGCGAAUACGGUGUGCAUCUAGAGCACCGCAUGGAUGGGGGUUUGCUUAACAUCCGCCGCUUUGGAUCAAGAAGUUUAGUGCGUGAGACAACCAUUCGUAUGCUACUGUUUGCAGACGACUGCGCGUUAUUUGCACAUACUGAGGAAGAACUGCAAUGCAUGACGACAAUCUUAGCUUCCACAGCGACUAAGUUUGGACUCAGCAUAAACACAGGCAAGACUGUAUGUCUAUUUCAGCCGGCACCGGGAGUGCAGCCCGUGUGCGGACCAGAAAUACGGAUUGUAGAUGUAGUACUACAGAACACGUCCGCCUUCUGCUACCUUGGGAGUACAUUGUCUAGCGACCUACGAAUCACCAACGAACUGCGCGCUCGUGUGGCGAAGGCAAGUGCGGCUUUUGGGAAACUGGAACAUCGCGUGUGGAAGAACCAUCAUCUCACUGUUAGAACCAAGGUGAUGGUGUACAAAUCAAUGGUUCUCUCAGUCCUUAUCUAUGGAUCGGAAACUUGGACACUGUACAGAAAGGAUAUCCGGUUUUUGGAACGAUUCCAUCAACAGUGCCUUCGCCGGAUUCUGCGCAUACAAUGGUGGGACAAUGUGCCAGACACUGAUGUGAUCCGCCGGAGCGAAGUGUACACCAUAGACUACAUGCUACUGCUGCGACAUCUCCGGUGGCUUGGACAUGUGCGCCGUAUGGAUGCAACGAGAAUCCCGAAGCAAUUGCUGUACGGACAACUGAUCGCAGGUGGCCGGAAUGCUGGCAAACCCAAGUUGCGUUACCAAGAUAAUAUCAAGGUUAGUUUGUCCAGAUUAGGUAUUGACCUAAAUAUUUGGGAGGAGUUGGCAACAAAUCGCCGCAUCUGGCGUGAUCUCAUCACCUGUACCGUUGCCCAAUCGCAAGAAAGGCAGAUGGUGCAUCGAGAAAUUAAACGUGCAGCACGCAAACAUCAUCUGCCGUCGGACUUCAAUUCUUCGGCUACUCCAACAUGGAGCUGUAGUGCAUGUGGCCGUGUGUGUUUUAGCCCAGCUGGUCUGGCCAGUCAUCAACGAGGCCACGAUGGGGUUAUGCCGAACAGGUGGAUUGUUAGAUCGAGCAUCACGGACUGACAUGUGACACUUGGUGGUACGCAACUGAGAAAGGACGGUACAUGUUAAACCGGCCAAACGGGAUGAAGCGAGGUGAGUCAGAAUGGAAUCACACGGGGAGGAUUUUUGCACUGAUAAUGUACUAAUUCACCAACUGUUGCAGUGCAAUGACAACCACGCAUAGUUUCUGCAAAGACACAGGCGCGUACUAUAUUUACCAUACUGGUAAUCCGAACACAGAUGCCUCUAUACGAAUGCCCCUAUGCUGAGGUUUGAUGUUGCAUACACCAUACUUCUUUAUCGCAGUUGGGCUACACUGACUUACUUACUUACUUACUUAUAACAUGUUACCUUAUUUUACCGUACCUUACCAUUACCAUAGCCUAGGAACCCUUUACCUAAUACAGUAUGGAAAAGCAAUGCUUCCUCGAUUUGGUGGCAAAUUGGCAAUGCGAUAGACAUGUUCAAGUUGGAUCAUGCAUUCAAAUAUCAAUCGCUCUGGAACAUCCGUGGAAAGUGAACAGUCCCGGUGUUGCGAAUCCAAGGCAAAUUUGAUCGAUGCGAAUUCCGUGAACUGCUCAAAAGGGCGGUUUCUCAGGUGCCGGAGAAGGCACAAUUGUAUGCGGAAUAGAAGCACCAUGAGUAUGUUCCCAUUCAAUUUACUAAUCCAGGCCAAUAAGGCGGCGUAUGUGGUACGUUUGCCUGCGUGAUGAGUAAUCUUGCAUUUCAGAAGUAGAUGUUGCUUGAGUUCCCCUGUGCGGAUGCGCCUGAUGUGAAUGUUGACAAGGUGCCUACCUGUCUAUUACCCACUACCUCGUCCAUACUGGCUCCAGGAGACAGUUGGUCGUCGCUGGAGGGGACGGAGUGCACCGUCCUUGUGACGGUGCUAGGCUCAAAGAGUGGUUCCAUGCAAUCUGUGUGGAACGGGCUACGGUCCAGCCACCGCCUCGUGUACGUCUGGUGUGUAUGGUUUCCCAAUUAGGCCGGAAUGCUUCC